AUGAUUGCUGUUUUUCUGGAUAUUGAAGCAACAGGCCUAUCCUACACACAGGAUAAAUUGAUAGAACUUGGAAUGGUCAAGUUUGAAUAUAACAGGCACAGCUCCAUCUUUUGCUUGCUGGAUGAUUUCAGCAGCUAUCAAGAUCCAGGUAGUCCGAUACUCGAGUAUAUUACAAAACUUUCGGGAAUUAAUGAUGAUAUGGUCAGAGGCCAUAAAAUAGAAGAAAAUUCGGUUGCUGAUUAUCUGCAAGGAGUGGACCUGAUUAUCGCUCACAACGCUCAGUUUGAUCGUACAUUCCUUGAAACUACCUUCCCUUCAAAAGCUUGGGAUAAAGUGGGAAUCUCAAGUCGUAAACUCGAAUACAUUGCUUAUAAAUUCGGGUUUUUCCAUGAAGGACACAGAGCAACAAAUGAUUGCCUUGCAGAUGUUCACCUUUUAGCGCAGAAGUUACCAAGAUCACAGGAAUCGGUAUUAAAAGAGUUACUUACUCAAUCUAAGGCUAUUAGAUUCAAGCUAUGUGCGGUUAAUUAUCCAUAUGACAGCAAGGAACUGUUAAAAGCACAAGGUUAUAGAUGGAGCAUGAAUUAG